GAUCGACCCCUGGCUUUCCAUCUUGAACGCGCCCAAGCAUACGGUCAGUACACUGCCCCUCACCUGUCGGCGAGGUGUGUGCUUGUAGCCAACAAAGUCAUACGAUACAUCUGUCCUUCAAGACGAGUUUUUGGUUGUCUCCAGUGCUUCUGUCUCAACUUCUCUCUCAAGCUCAAUUGACCGUCAAAUCCGGACUGUGAAUAACAACAUGGAGCUCGCCACUGGAACGCUUCCACAGAUUUUUUUAUUCGUUCCAACACUGAUAUUUGCAGCCCUUGCGUACCGCAUCAUAUUCACUCAAUUCUUCCACCCGCUGUCCUCCUUCCCCGGACCAUGGUACCUAACCUCCUUCUCGCUGAGUCUGGCACUCGUAUCCCUCACAAAGCGCGAGCCCGAGUACUUGAUCCACCUGAUCCGCAAAUACGGAACAGAUAAGCCCAUCCGCAUCUCGCCCACCAUGCUCCUCUUCCCCAGCGCAUCCGCACUAAAAGACAUCUACCGCUCGCCGGCUUGCAACCGCAAAACGAACCUCUACGGUUCCGGCGUGCUAGGCCCUCCACACAUGUUCUCUACGCUCGACGGUGAGGAACACCGCGCCUUGCGUAAAGCAUUGUCCAACGCGCCUUGGACCAUUGGUCAGCUGAAGAACACAUGGGAACCGCGAUUUGAUGCGCAAGUCAACCUGUUCAUGGCCAAGAUGGCCGAGCACGCCCGUGCAGGACGGACGGUGUGUUUGAGCGAUAAAGUUGCCGAGUUUGCGGCGGAUAUCAUGUCCAUGGUGAGCUUCACGGAGCCGUUUGGGUGCGUGGAGAGGCAGGAGGAUAUUAGGGAUAUUCUGAAGAAUUGGAGACUGGGGUUGAGUUUCUUUGGGUUUGCAUGCAGGUGGAGGUGGUUCCGCGAUGUGGCGCUGCAGUUGCCGGUUGUGGGCUUGUGGUUUCUGCCCAAGACGGAGAACGGGAGCGGGAUGGGUUGGCUAAUGUGUGAAGCCGACCGACAGGUGAGCGCGAGGGAGGAGAAGAAUGCUGCUACUGCUGUUGAAGAAUACGGAGAUGGAAAGGGCAGAAAGGAUUUCAUGCAGUAUUGCCUCGAAGCUCGCUCUUCGGAUGGUGCACCUCUCACAGCGAGCCAAAAGCGCGCCCACGUUACUCUUCUCAUACAGGCAGGCGCAGAUACGACCGCUACCGCUAUGGGCUGUAUUCUGCGCUUCCUUGUCACGAGCCCGGAAGCAUUUAUAAGAGCGCGCGAAGAGAUCAAAAAAGCAGACGAAGCAGGGCUCCUCUCAGCGCCCGUCCAGUACGAAGAGACACGCCAACACCUGCCUUACUUCGUUGGCUGUAUCAAGGAAGGUCUGCGCUUACAGCCACCCGGUACUAAUCUAUAUGCUCGAAUCGCCCCGAAAGAAGGGAAGGUGAUCGACGGCCAUUUCGUGCCUGGUGGCACAGAAGUAACCUCGUACGCAUACUGCGUACAGCGCGAUCAGGCCUUGUACGAUGAGAGCGCCGAGGAGUUUGAGCCUGAGCGGUGGCUGGGAAGUGAAAAACAGACCUUCGAGCUGGAGGCCGCACAGUUCACUUUUGGCAUGGGGCCGCGCGUAUGUCUCGGUAAGGAUGUUGCGGUGAUGGAGAUGUAUAAACUUUUGCCUGAGAUCGUAAGGAGGUUUGACAUUGAGCUCGUAGAGCCUGGGCGAUACGUGGUAGAUGGCGGUGUUGCCUACAAUGUAGGCUUCACGGGAAAAUUGAUUGUCAGAUGAGAUACCAAGCAUGCUCGAGUCUGGAGUGAGUGUUUGCGAUCGAUGUUAUAUGAGCAUGGUUUAGUUCUUCGACUGAAUUUCUCUAUAGGUCUUUCAAUGCAGCAGUGAGUCGCCAGAUGCCGCAUGCUGAGGGAUCAAAGAAUGGCUGUGGUGAUGGUAGAGUUAACCCAGGUGUCUUGAGAAGAUGUGAGAUGAUGCCCUGUGCAUAUCGAGCUCCGGGAUAUGUUUAUAUGAAACUCGAAGACUCCUCACAUCUGCUAAUUAUUAUCAGGCUCAGUUGCUCCAAGGUACUGCCGAGGGCAUAAGUUUAC